GAGACUUGACUUCCAAAAUGAACAGUUGUCGUCACAACAACACGUUCAAAUAAGUAACAUUAUACAACGCUGUGUUAUCCAUAUUACAUUUGUAUUUGUGUACGUUAUGUAUUGGCGUGGCUCGCCGACAAAAACGUUGACGACGCGUGCUUAGCUAACGCUAGCUUCCCGGCUAGCAUGCUGCGGGUUGGGCCUGCUGAUCUUCGAGAGCUGAGCCGGCAGCAGAGCUUCGUGGCCGGGGAGCGCUUCCGCCCGUGCCGGGGGCCGCCACUGUGAUGGAGGCGGUCCCGUCUGAGCCGUCCGUCAUGGCGGUGGACCUAUCCAAGAGCUUCUCUGCCGCGCCCAGGACCAGGAACCACCACGCCCCCGCAUCGGACCUCGCUGCCAAGCCCGAGUGGUACCGCAGACAUCCGGCCGGCUUGCACAUCGACUCGUCGUAUAGAUCCGGAAGCUACGACGGGGGCGCUGGCAUGGAGCCGAGCUACAUGAGCGCCGCGCUCCCGACCGGCGUGUACCGCGACGGCGACCUGUGGUGUCCCUCUUUCUACCAGGCUGACGCCAGCCGCGAGGACGACAGCGACAGCGGCUCUGAUGUCAUCGUGCUGCUGGCGGCCGCCAAGGAGCCGCUGCUCUGCGCCUCCUUCGUGGCGGACGGCGUGCGGCCCAUCGCGCAGCCGUUGUCGCCCCCGCCGUCCUCGCCGGGAUGCUGUGAGCGGGCGCAGAAUCUCACCUCGCAGAGCAGCGACACGUCAUCGGAGGAGGAAGAAGAGGAGGAUGAAGUCGAGGAGUCGGAAAGCUCAGCGGACAUCCCGCCGCAUCACGCCAGACCCAUCGUGCUCCUGGCAAACCUCAGUGCUGACCACACCGACGCCAGCCACUUUGACACUGCCCGGUUCGCCCGCACCUGCGGCACCCGCUCCGACCCCGCCGGCCGCGUGCUCUCGCACACGGACAUGUCGAGCGACGACAGCGAUGUGAUAGAAGUUCCCGUCACCCGGAAGAGACCAACGUUUCCUCCAAAUAGAAGUCAGGACAAAACUGCGGCAGUCGAAUGCAAGCGCAGCAACAGAAUCAGGGCAUCCUCUAAGCAGGCGCCCCUGCCCACCUGGCCCGUUCGGUACCGUCUCGCAAGAAGCGUAAAGAAAGAUACGGUGGGCGUUUACUACGAAAACUGCGACUCCGACGACACCGUUGGGUAUGCGAGCGAUGACGACGCUAGUCGAUGCCACACCAAAAGCGAAUCGGACGACUCGUGCCAACGCCGCGCCCGCAACAAAUCUCACGAUGAUGGCCGACGUCCCACCACUGACAAAUCUGAUAACGUUCGUCAAUGCCACAAAGCCGGAGAAACCGAUGAUGCUCACCGACGUCAUGCCGCUGACAAAUCGGACAACUCUCACCAGCGCCUCGCCGCCAACAGAACUGGCAAGGUUCAACACCACGUCAGCGAAUCAGAUGAUGCUCGUCAACGCCACGCCACAAAUAAAUCUGAUCAUUCUCACCAACAUCGUGGCGCUAACAAAUCAGACAACUCUCACCGGCGCCGCGCCACCAACAAAUCAGCCGACGCUCAAAUAAGUUCAACGAAGCAAAAGUUGUCAUCAUCCGCCAAAAGAGCGGUGAAGAGGCAACGGCGGAAACGUAGAGCGUGGUGUCCGCCAUCGUCUCUUUUCUCGCCGCCGGAGCCUGAAAUCAAAUUGAAGUGCACCGCCGCGAAAGAACCAACGAAGAAGAAGAAGAAAACGUCGGACGUGUUUUGUCCAUUUGUGCGAGUUCGGCAGCGCGCGAAUGCGCAGCGGAAUGAGGUCACGGUGGUCAACCGUCAGGACCACCAGGACGUCAUGCACGAUAAACAAAGCGCCGCCCGCUCUUCUUCCGGGGUCAUCCCCAAGACCUCGUGUUUUCGUCUGGGUCGGCUCACCGAUUUCAGCACCGGCUCCGACGCCACGCAACCGCUGUGCUGCCUGUGCGGUCACGUGGCCAACGCCAACGGACUGGGCGACCUUCACGGGCCGUACCUUCCCAUGUCGCAUUCGCUCGCCAAGUUAUCGGACUCUCGUGACACUGACACGGCGCUCCCGAAUUUGCGGCGCCACCUUGACGAGCGCUGGGUCCACUCGGACUGCAGCGUGUGGAGCAGCCAAGUCUUCCUGGUCCGAGGAAACCUGUACGGCCUGGAGGAGGCGGAACAGCUGGCGCGCGCCACGAUGUGCUGUUGGUGUCAGCGAUCAGGUGCUAUUAUGGGAUGUUCACACAAAGGAUGCACUGGAUAUUUCCACUACACGUGCUCGCUAUUCUCAGGUUGCGCGCUAAACGAGGACAACUUGUCGCUGCGAUGUUCACAACAUAACAUGACCAAGUGUCAACAACUACAACGUCAAGGACACACACAGAGGAAAAGUUGGCGAGCGGCACGGCGUCGCGUCAGGUGACACGAGGCGACCGCUCACGUCACUGACACGCGACUGAACGUCGAGUCACAUGACUCAACACAGGCGCUCCGGAGUAAUCUCACGGGGCGGGGCCUUGUAUGACCACACUCCCUAUCCUAUGACAUCAUCAAAGGCAGCCUGCACCUGCGCAUCAGUCAACGCCAAUCUAACGUUACGGUGACACGUUGAUGAGGGUCACAUAGACUGUUAUUAUUAUUCAGAAGUUCAUUCUUGUUAUCGUCGCUGUUGUGGCCGUUACUAGGAUACGCAUUCCGCACAGUCGCCAUCCCAUCAUAAACACACAUUUUCACGUCGCCAUCCCAUCAUAAACACACAUUUUCACCUCUGGUGUUAACAUUAGAUCAAAUUCAGUACUUUUUUUCCCUUUAGAGUAAAGAUCUUUCAUUUUUAAAAUCAUGUCUUCAUGGAGAAUAAUUGUUGUUUUUGGUGAACAAGCAAAGUUGCAUCGUUGCUGCUACGUUUCGUUACGAUCACACAUACCAGUAAAUGAUGUGAAAAAGGAGUGAACGUCUUGUGUUCCAAUUAUGACCAACAUCUCAGACUGCUUAUCUGCAUUGUUUAGUAGUACUUGAUUGUUCUAUUUGAGGAAGGAAGAAUAAAUGAUGAAUUCCCUAUUUAAUCUGUCGAUAUUAGUCCUUUUCAAAUUUGCAGUUUUUUUUUCAAAUUUAUUAUUAUUUAUGUUAACACACUGUAACGUAAUAUGAAGAUAUAUAAGAUAUUUAAAUAAACGUCCCCCCUCGCCAAAAAAAAAAAAUCGGCAAAAAAGUGCUGAUUCUUGCCAAUUUUUUAUUUUGUAAAGUUAAUUACUAAAGGACAAAGUAUCGUCAAGCAAUCAAAUGCCUGGAAUUCCUAUCUUUGUCGUUAGCGUCAAGGGAACAAGAGAGAAUUCAUGAUAUAUUUUUUAUAUCAAUUAACCAGUUAACAGAGUUUUAUUCUGUCAAAAUCGGCCUUAAAAAAAAUCAUAUUGGUUGGGCCAAAGUGGAGACCAGUUACAGGUGGAAAUCUGGUAAAGUCCAAAGUAUUCAAAUUUGUUACUUUUUGAUUUUGUGUAUUUUCAUUUUCCAUUCAUAUUUGAGGUUGCUCGUUAAAACACAAAUUGUAACCUUGGAAACCAAAUUCCCAUCUAUUCAUUUUCUUAUUAUUUUUUAUUUUCGUUAUUAGGGUUUCCGAUGGACUGGUCGCCAGUCAGUGUCAGAGCACAUACAAAGGAAGACAACGGCAGGGUGGAGAUGAAAUUUGAACCCCGAUCCCUUGACCUGUAGGCAGACGCGUGGUUAACCGCUACGACGACAGGUCGCAAUAAUCAGGUUAUGAAUGAAAAAGUGGGAAGGAAAUAAAAGCAAACACACAAUUGUAAAUGGUUUUCAAAUGGGCGUUGUGCUGCUUGCAAUAGUGCUUACGGCCACCAGGGGGCGCCCGAACACUAAAUGUUUGAUUUGGAUCUUUGCAGGAAGUCACCAGGACGACUUCCUGUGUGCACACUUGUGGUCACAGUCGAUUUCAAAAAUAAAAAGUGGUGCAGACACACCCUGCUACUUUCCCGACACGCCACACACACACACACACACACACACAUUCAAUAUUAAGUAUUUAUUGUGUAUAUGUUGAAGAAUUGUAUAAAUAUGAGAAAAUAGCGAAGUUUCUUUAUAAAUAUAAAUCAGUAAAAACUUUGAAAAGAUACAAAAAAAAAAAAAAAAAAAAAAAGGUUUGGUGACUGGAGAGACUUGCAGACAGGAAGCAGGAAGGAAGCUUGAGACUUCCCGUUCAACAUUUGGUCGUCUGCGAGCUCUUGUUGGCGUCCAUGUUGGCCACCAGCAGCCUCAGCGAGUCGCCCGAAGAGCGGAUCGCUUCCCUGCCACUGUAGACCAAAAGGGAUUUCAUACCGAAUAUUAGCAGUUUGCCAUUCGCGGAUUCUCCCGUUUGCAUUUUUGGGUGGGGAGGACCAUAGCGUUUGAACAUUACCAUUGCGCUUAAAUAUAGGAAAAUGAAAAUCUAACAUAAAAGUUUUGGGUUUUUUUUAAAGUGCAUGCUUGAAAAUGUGUUCCAAAAGAUGAAAUACAAAUGUAUUUAAAAGUACUGGACUGGAUUAUAGUAAAUUAAUUCAGUAAUUCUUUUGCAUACCAAUAGAGGGAGACUGCACACCACACUUGCUUUAAGCAAAAACAAAAAUAAAUACAAAAUUGAAAUUGAAAAUAAGAUUUUUGUGAAAAAAUUUCUUGCAUUCCAGAUCUUUCCGUGCACGCAGUUAUAUUUCCACACGGGUGUACUCACACGCUGUAAUCCAAUCCGACCAGACUGACACCGUUGACGGCGAGGAUUCGAUCUCCCGUCUUGAGGCGUCGGCACCGAGCGGCGGGCGAGUCGGGAACAAGCGACUUGACGUAGAUUCCGCUCAUCCUCAGCGAUGUCUUCUGCUCACGCAAAAUAAGAGUGAGGGGCAUAUCGGCAAAAUUGAAGCGAUCGAUCGGCGGAAGCGGUUACCGUGCCGUCCACCAAUGCCAAGCCGAGACCGCGAGGACCUCGGUGUAUCUCCACUGUGAACACGUCGUCGUCACACUUUUCUUCUUCUUCUUUAUCGACAACACGUCCACCAUCUGAUUCUGUCAAUCAAAAAUAUCAAAGUGGCCAAUAUUGGCCUUAAGAUUUCAAUUGUCGUACAGUUUUUGUGCAAUUGCUCCCCAAUUUGAAGCGACCGCUAAAUAGGUGGACGACUCUAAAUUUGGUCGGGGCACGCGACUAGUCAGUCAAUUGCGUUUUGGGGGAAAUUCAGUCACUGAAACUAGUUUGACUUAGCAACCUGAAUCUU